AUGCUGCGCUCAACUCUGACCUCACUGAACACGUUUCUCACAAGCUCCGUCGCCACCCCACCGAUAUCUGUAAUUAGAACGGGGCCGAAAUGGUGGGCGGAUCCCGAGCGCAUGGUACGGCAGAAACUCAUGUACUUCACGUUAGGGGUCGAUCAGCUUCCACUGCGACGAACGGCGGUCAUACAGCGAGACCUGCAACGCUUCCAUAUGUGCAAACCGCCUCCCCGUGUUGGGGACUCAACGGGCUACAAACGCUCCCGGGCAGCUCAACUUAACACUUGGUAUCGCCGCAUCCAGUACCAGGAGUAUCACAUGCAGCAUCUCUUCACCAGGCAUGUGUGGGGACUGUUGCGUGUGUACCCGGGGAACACUACGAAGAUACAAGGCAAGGCAGAUGAUGGCUACGUGGGGUACGAUUCGGUUCCGUUCCACCGAUACAAUCGGGCUCCUCUCCCGUUCCCCGCACGGGAACUUUACGAGCGGAGGAAAUAG